UCCCUCGGCGGAGAAGGGGGUGGGGCUGCCCGAACCGGCAUCGCGUGGCCUCGCUGCGGCAGUUCUCCGCUUGCAUCAGCCGCAGGCACGGUUUAAGCUAUGGCCAUCAAGCUGUUCCUCAGCCCCGGGGUCCCUGGCAACUUGAAGGUGGUGGCUGCUGUGGAGUUGACAGGGGUCCGGCUCGAUCAGAAGCAAAUCUCCCCGAACGAGUGCGUGGUGCCUUACCUGUCACAGCCCCGACAUCCUGCCCUACAACUCCCAACUGGAGACUUCAUAUUCUCCGGCAAUGCAAUUUGUCAGUACCUGUUCACAAUCAGCGGGAAGUUGCCAAGUGAUGCCACAAAUCGGUGGCUUGAGUGGGAGGCAACGCAACUGCAGCCGGUUGUGUGUGGAGCACUGCAUGCAGAGCUGGUACAGGGCAGGAGAAAGGAGGAGGCUGCGAAGAUGGUCAGCAGGCAGCUGACACACCUCGACCAGGCUCUAAGCAGCUCGGUGCUGCCCUGCCUCACCUCGGACACAGUGACUGUGGCUGAUAUUGUGGUCUGGGGAACUCUCUAUCCACUCCUAAAGGAUGAUUUGGGACUUCAAGACGAGUUUGUGACCCUGAGUGAGUGGUUUCGGCGCAUGUCCUGCACAGGACCCUGCCUCGCAGCUGCAACUGCUGUACUGGAGGGGCAGGGGCUGCAAGUCUUCAAGCCCCACUUGCAGAAGCACGCCCCUCCCUCGCAACCAGCAGAGGAGCUUCCUGCUGACAGGACUCAGGAAGGGGAUGUUGUCGACCGCAGGGUGACGGCGGAAGAGGAAAGGCAGGCAGAGGAAGCCUGGCUGAGUGGCUUGAAAGGGCUCCCGAAACCACGGCAGUUACAGCACCCCAUCCUGCCCAGGAAGAAUGAGAGGAACCUCCUCGUCACCAGUGCCUUACCCUACGUCAACAACAUUCCGCACCUGGGGAACAUCAUUGGCUGCGUGCUCAGUGCUGACGUCUUCGCAAGGUAUUGCCGCCUGAGGGGUUGGAACACCCUUUACAUCUGUGGCACGGAUGAGUAUGGGACGGCGACGGAGACCAAGGCCCUGGAGGAGGGCCUGACACCACGGCAGAUAUGUGACAAAUACCACGUCAUCCACAGCGACAUCUACCGCUGGUUCGACAUCUCCUUCGACUUCUUCGGUCGCACCACUACCCCGCAACAGACCAGCAUUGCCCAGGACAUCUUCUGCCGGCUGAGGGAAAGGGGCUUCCUCUCCAGCGAUGUGGUAGACCAGCUUCACUGCCAGAGGUGCGAUCGUUUCCUGGCCGACCGCUUUGUGGAGGGCAUCUGCCCCUUUUGCAGCUACCCAGAUGCCCGGGGGGACCAAUGUGAUCUCUGUGGGAAGCUCAUCACUGCUGUCGACCUGAAGAACCCUCGCUGCAAGAUCUGCAGGGACACACCAGUCAUCAAAAGCUCAAAGCACUUGUUUUUGGAACUGCCUAAGCUGGAGGAUCGUCUGGAACAGUGGCUGGAGAAGUCGAUGGCAAGUGGAGACUGGACAGCGAAUGCCCGCUUCAUCACCCACUCUUGGAUCCGGGACGGUCUCAAAGCUCGCUGCAUCACCCGGGACCUGAAGUGGGGCACAGCCGUUCCACUGGAGGAGUUCCAGGACAAGGUGUUCUAUGUCUGGUUUGAUGCUCCUAUUGGGUACAUAUCCAUCACAGCCAAUUAUACCGAGCAGUGGGAGAAAUGGUGGAAGAACCCUGAAGAGGUUGAACUCUACAAUUUCAUGGCCAAGGAUAAUGUUCCGUUUCACAGCGUUGUUUUCCCAUGCUCACUCCUGGGUGCUGAGGACAACUAUACCCUUGUCAACAGUCUCAUUGCCACAGAGUACCUGAACUAUGAGGAUGGCAAGUUCUCCAAGAGCCGAGGGGUGGGGGUAUUUGGGAAUAUGGCGCAGGAGACAGGAAUCCCGGCCGAUAUCUGGCGGUUCUACCUGCUCUUUGUCCGCCCCGAGGGCCAGGACAGCUCCUUCUCCUGGAGCGACUUCAUGCUGAAGAACAACUCUGAGCUGCUGAACAACCUGGGCAACUUCAUCAACAGAGCCGGGAUGUUUGUGGGGAAGUUCUUCGAGGGCUACGUCCCGGCCAUGGAGCUGAGGCAGGAGGACAGGAGGCUGCUGGUUCAGGUGACUUGGGAGCUGCAGCAGUACAUCCAGAGCCUGGAGAGAGUGCGGAUUCGUGAAGCACUCAGGUGCAUCCUGAACAUCUCCCGCUUUGGCAACCAGUACAUACAGAUCAGUGAGCCCUGGAAAAUGAUCAGAGGCAGCGAUGCUGACAAGAAGCGAGCUGGAACGGUAACAGGCGUGGCAGUGAACCUGGCCUGCCUCCUGUCGGUGAUGAUCCAGCCCUACAUGCCCUCCGUCAGCAGGACCAUCCAGGAGCAACUGCAGGCUCCUCAUGACUGCAACGUGCUGGUCGAUCGCUUCGUCUGCUACCUGCCCACCGGGCACAAGAUUGGCAUGGCCAGCCCCCUGUUCCAGAAAUUGGAGAGCGAACGCAUUGAGGAACUGCGGAAGAAGUACGGUGGUCAGCCCUGCACUACUGGGAAGACUGAGUCACAGGUGACGACGGGGACACCAGCUGCUCCCCACCCUCCUGCUGAUGUUCAACGUCUCCAGGAACAAGUGACUCUACAGGGGAACCGUGUGCGUGAACUGAAGGCUCAGAAGGCGGAGAAGACACUAAUCGCCACAGAGGUGUCGGUGCUCCUCGAUCUGAAGAAGCAACUAACACAGGCAUUAGGGCAGGGUUAAGCCUCCUGCACCACCUUCACACACAGCCCCUCAGUCACAACGGGGGUAGUGGUGGAUGGAGAGAAAGAGGGAGGAACGGAGGAGUGGGGUCUGGAGUAAGGAGGAGAAAGGGAGAGGGGCUGUGUGAAGGGGUCAGGUGCGGCUCAGAGCAUCAAUAAAUGUUUUUUAAAAUUUAAACUGGUCACUCAUUCACCGUCCCUCUCAGGCAAGGGAGAGUGGGAAAGCAGUGUUCUUCAUGGCAGCACACUGGCUCCCACCCUCCCUCCUGCACUCUACCUCCCCCCAAACUCAUCUCCCUCAGACCGCCCCUCCCAGAAUCUCCACCCACUCACUCCCCAGCUCCCCACCUUGCCUCAUCUUGUCCUCUGCCACUCCCCCCUCCCCCCUUUUUAAGGUCACACAAUACAGGAAAGGGCCCUUUGGCCCACCAUGUCUGUGCCAACCCUGUCACUAAUCUAAAUCAUGCCUCUUUGUCACCAGCAAUGGACUGAGCACCAUGUACAUUGAUAGAUCAAGUGUCGAUUUACCGAAGUAUUUAAUGAUUGAUCAAUAAUCUGUAACUAGUUAUCUGUUAAUCAAUGCCAAGAACUAAUUAUUGCAAGUGAACUACUCAUGAUUGGUUGAAGAAUGAUUCUUUUUGUUGGUGUCCAUUAAUUGGUAUGUUAUUGUCACAGUGAAAAGUUUGUCAUACACACUGCACAGUGUAUCGAGGUAGAACAAGGUAAAAGAAUAACAGAAUACAGAAUUAAGUGUAACAGUUACAGAGAAAGUGCAGUACAGGUAAACAAUAAGAUGCAAGAACCAGGACAAGUCCAGGUGAGGUCAAGUCCAUUUUAUCGUACAAGGGGACCAUUUAAUAGUCUGGAAACAGUGGGAUAGAAGCUGUCCUUGACCUUGGUGGAACGUGCUUUCAGGCUUUUGUAUCUUCUGCCCGAUGGGAGGGUGGAGGAGAAAGAAUGACUGGGUGUGUGGGGUCAUCGAUGAUAUUGCCUGCUUUAUAGAACAGUGAGAAGUGUAGACAGAGUCCAUGGAGGGGAAGCUGGUUUCUGUGUCCACAACUCUCUGCAAAAGGUAACAAACUAUGCAAAAUACAAAAGGAAAGAAGUAAUAACAAUAAAUAAAUAUGUAAUAAAUAUUAAGAAGAUGAGAUGAGGAGUCCAUGAAAGGGUGUCUUUGGUGAUGUUGUCUGUUUCACUGAGACAGUGAGAAGUGUAGACAGAGUCCAUGGAGGGGAGGCUGGUUUCUCUGAUGUGUUGAGCUGUGUCCACAACACUCCCCGGUUUCUUGUGGUCACGGGCAGGGCAGUUGCCGUGCCAAGCCGUGAUGCAUCCAGGUGGGAUGCUUUCUAUGGUGCAUUGUUAAACAUUGGUGAGGGUCAACAGGGUCAUGCUGAAUUUGUUUAGCCUCUUGAGGAGGUAGAGAUAUUGGUGAGCUUUAUUCAGCAGAGACAAAAGAGACAGUAGAUAUUGUUAUCUUGGGUAACACAAGCUGACGGAGUAAUUCCCUCCAUUGAGUUCAUCCAGCAGCUUGUCUUUUCUUCCUCUGGCUACCCAAUUACUCAACAUUCACUAAUCAUGGACACAAAGGCCAGAGACGGUGGAGCAACACACAGACUGCAGGUCAAGCAUCGUCUGUGGGAGGGAGAAGGACAGUCAAUGUUUCCGGUAGACUCCCUUCACCUGGGAGGAAAGAGGGGAGACAGCUGGUGUAUCUAGUGGUGGGGGCGAGAGGGGAAGGGAGAGGACAGAAGCAGGUGACGGCAUGAACAUCCACUUCUCUAACUUCCAGUAUCCACUCCCCUCUGUACACCCCCUCCCCAAAUUGUUUUCCCUUAUCCCUUCAUUCCCCAUCACCCCUUCUUUCCCUUCCCCCAUGCAUCACCACACUCACCCCCCCACCUGUUCCACUGUGUUCCCCUUCCCCCAAAAACUGGAUCCACCAAUCACUUACCGGAUUUGCUCCACCCUUUCCCCUCUUUUCAGUCCAGAUGAAGGGUCUCAACCAGAAAUGUCGACUGUCCAUCUCCCUCCCCAGAUACUACCCAUCCUGCUGAGUUUCUCCAGACUGAAGCAUGUUGUGAGCACUAAUUGAUAGUACAUAUACAAUCAAUGGAGGACACUUGUUACUGCUAUGUCGAACACAAAUACCUGUAGUGGUGUUACUAGUUCAUAAUAAAUAAGUCGCAAUCAA